CUCGGCAGGACUCGUACUCGCGGUGGUAGCCAAGCAAGGGGUCGACGCGUGCGUUCGUGUGACGUGCUACGUGCUCCAGGUGCAUCUCGACGUCCGCGGCGCGUCCGUCCGCGUCCGUCAGCGCACGCUUCGUACGUGCGGCGCACGUACCCCCGUCGCCGUGCUGGCCGACCAGGUCUUCCCCUCCGCCGGCUCCUCCUUCUUCGAGGGGAGCCCGACCCUGCCGCUCGCCACCACGGCGUCGCUACCGGUCGCCACCAUGAUGGAUCCUCAGAUUCUCCCUGGAUACGUGCGCAGUUUGGGUAUGGAUAGCAUGGCGCUGGCUGACCAUACUCGCUUCAACGGCCUCAUGGCCCACCCCGGCGUGGCGAUCCCCAACGGAACGGCGCACUCCGCCGCCCACAGUGGGCUGGUGCCCGCCGUCCCCGCCGCCUCCAUCGUGCCCGUGCAGGCCAACGGGCACGCGGGCCACGCCGCGCGCAUGCAGAUCAAGAUGGACACGAGCCCCGUUCAGAUGAACGGCGCCAACGGCAACGCGCAGGCCCAAGCCGCCGCGGCCGCGGCCGCCGCCGGCGUUCCCGUCGGCGUCCCGGUCGGCGUGCCCGUCAACAACGGCAGCACGUCACCCGGCAGGGUGUCGCCGUCGGCCGCGGACCCCGCCCCCGGCAAGCUGUUUGUCGGCGGCCUCAGUUGGCAGACGUCGGCCGAGAGGCUCAAGGAGUACUUCGGCAUGUUCGGCACCGUCACCGACGUGCUCAUCAUGAAGGACCCCAUGACACAGAGGAAUCGGGGCUUUGGCUUUAUCACCUUCCAGGACGCCGAGACGGUGGAGAAGGUCCUUAAAGUGCCAGUCCACACCCUCGACGGCAAGAAGAUCGACCCCAAGCACGCGACUCCAAAGAACAGAGGGCGCGUCGCGAACCGAACCAAGAAGAUCUUCGUCGGCGGCGUGAGCCAGGACACCACCACAGAGGAAGUGAAGGCGUACUUCAACCAGUUCGGCAAGGUCGAGGAGACAGUGAUGCUGAUGGACCAGCAGACGAAGCGCCACCGUGGCUUUGGCUUCGUGACGUUUGAGCAGGAGGAUGUGGUGGACCGAGUGUGUGAGAUCCACUUCCACACCAUCAAGAACAAGAAGGUGGAGUGUAAGAAGGCGCAACCCAAGGAGUCGGUGGCCGCCGCCAACCUGGGCGUCAACGGGCUGCUCCUGAGCAAACGCAUGCUGAUGCGGGUAGGCCCCACAGCGGCGCCCGCCGCCGCCACGCAGCUCGCCGCCGUGCAGGCGCAAGCCGCGGCCCACGCCCAGGUGGCCGCCACGCAGCUGGCCGCGCAGGCCCAGGCGCAGGCAGGCUACGGCAAGCUGUUUGGCGCGUACCCCCUGGCAUCGUACCGGUACUCCCCCUACCCACUGCAGGCCGUGCCAUCGGCCACCCCCGCCCCCGCUCAGACCCCCACGGCGGUGCCCCCCGUACCCGCCCCUGCCAACCCCUAUCAGGGCUACUCACUCACCAACGUGGACAUGUCCAGCUUUCAGGGGGUAGACUGGAGCUCAAUGUACGGCAUGGGUAUGUAUGUGUAGGAUGGCAACGUGCGGCCCAGCCCGUGUGUGGCGCGGCUAGGGUGGGGAAGCAAUAAUUGGCAAUAACCAGUAUUAUCACGUAAUGGUACUUGCAUCUUCCAAGUUACAUUGUGUUUCGUGUUUUCCCUUUUUUUUUUCUCUUGCAUUUCUUUCUGUAAGUUUCCUCUUAAAGUAAGGAUCUAUCUUUCUGUGAAGAAUGCAGACCCAUCUUUAACAUGUAAAUUUGUUAAGUGUAAGGAAUUGUCUCUUAGACAAAGAUGAAAGGGAAAAGCAUAUUUUCUUUCGCAAUUUCCUUCCCUUUUUAGUGUUGAAAAGUGAUACUUUGUCAAACGUAAACAUUGUUGUCUAUGAAUAAUUCUCUAUGAAAUAAUGCUCUAUCAUUCUUUUGCUAAAGAAGUCGUCAAACUUGACAAAGCUUCAGUGUUGCUCUCUGUUUUUCUGCAAAGUCUCUCGAAACUAUCAAUAUUUUAUAUAUUGUGCUGAGUUUUAAGCCUGCGAAUUUGUAUCAUGAUAGUAUUACGUCUGUGCUUCUUCAUGGUUUAUUUCAACUUGUGGAUUAUUGUUGUGUAUAAAUUGGGUGCCAUAUGAAAAUGAUUAGUGAGCAUUGUUAUGAGAGUAUUAUCAAGAAAGUGUUUCUUGGAUCUCAAUGAUAGCAUACCUAGGUGUCAAGUUCCGCUAGUAAUCGUACAGUAUCCUAGUGUUUAUUCAAUGGAAAGUGCAGAGGGACACGCUGUCUAGUCACAAGCCUUUUGAGGCUGCCUAUCCCCUCUGUGCUGCCCCUGCCAAGACUGACGACAGACACUUGAUAGUUUUUUCUGUGGAGUCAUGUUCGGAAUAUUUUGGCUAUGGUUACAGCACCUUUUACUGGAUCCAAAAUAAGUAAUAUUCUCCCUUGAUUUUUAUGAUUAAUGAAAAUCUCUGGUUGACAACAUUCCAUAGCAGUCAUUACAGGGGAAGGGAUAAUGAGGUUUACAUGCUCUUGGCCUGAAAUGGUAUUGACAUUUUUUUGUGGACCAAUCUGUUUGGUACCUAUUUCUUCCAAAAUUAAAUUUGUCUUGUCUGAUAGAAGAUUGUCAAUGAGCAUGAAUUUUCCUGAAUUAAUUAAAUCCCCUCCCCUCAUUGAUUUUUUUUGUCUUUAGGGUUGUGUUCAUUUAUUUAUGUGGUUCUACCUGCGGUUUAACCAAGACCAUUUGUUUUGUUAUUUAUUUAUGAGUAGAUUAGUUGUCCGCAUCUUUUUGACUCCACAUUGUGAAUGUGUGAAUUGGAGUCAGAUUCUUAUCUGUAAAGAUUUAAAAAUCCACGUAAGCUGUGAUCAUAAGUAUUUUAUUUUGUUUUAAAAGUUAAAAAAGUACAAAUUGGCAAGUGUUCUUAUUUAUUUGUCCCCCCCCUUUUUUUUACCUCUUGUAAGGAGGUUUGCUGGCUAGAUACUUAAUUUAUUUCUUUUUCACAUCAAUGAAUGUGAAACCCCCCUCCUCUCCCCAGUGAAAUUGUGUUUUUGAUAGGUCAUGAUCCCAUUUAUUUGUGUUGGAAUUAAGUGACCAAUACCAGUGUUUUCUCAUUGAAGCCCUAUGCUCGAGUGGGCAAACUAUUUUAUUUAAUAGUGGCAGGCGUUUUUCUUAGCUUUGCUAUCUCUCAUUAUACAUUACUGUGCAUGUGUCGUGCUCCCAAUUUUGAUCAUGUGUGCAGCCAACUCUUUUCUGAAUUAUUUCAGAUCGAUUGUUAUUCAUUGAUAGUCAUUUUGUAUUAGUUAUUUAGGUAAUCGAGUGGUCAUUGAAUUGUUAGGAAGGAAUAACCAUACAAAUACUCUUUCUGAUACCAGUAGGGUUAGCACCAUUCUCUGCAAAACCUUCAAACUUUAAAUCUAUUUAUUGAAACUUGAUCUUAAAUAUAGAUAUUGAGUGGAUGGAAAAUGGACAGGAGAGGUGAAACAAACUUUCUGCUUAAUAUAUAAUUUCAAGUGUGCUAGGCUUAAGGUAAGAUGCUUUUUUCUUGUACUUAACACACUAUAGUGUGAUGUAUAUUAUUUCCAAAGAGGGUUUUAGCAGAGAAUUUACAUGUGGGUUUAGUGGUGUGAAAUUUUCCAGCCACCCAUUAAUUUUUCAUUUCAAUGUGGGUCAUAACAAUUGAAAUUUCCAACCUCCUGUUUACUUACCACACAUGGAGAAAAAUGAGCCCGUUUUCUUUGAAAGCUUUAAAUUUGAUUUGUUUUAUUAUUGGGUCAUUGUCCCUGUAUUCAUUUUCCUUGUUCAUUUUCCCAUUUUCGUGUGGGUGACAAUAUACUUUAAACAAUAUUGAACAGCAAUAAGUGUUAAAAAGAUCGCAGAUGUGAAAACCCUCUAUUUUUGUAUUUAAUUCAAGAUAAGCGAAUAAAGUUUGUCUUAUUUCUUUAAUGCUUUUGUGGUGUUAACUUGCACCAGAAAUGAACUCUCUGAGAAAGUUGGUGCAGACAAUGUUUUGUCAAACAAUUUGCCAUUCGGCCUUCUCCCACGACUGUUUUAGUUUAGUUCCAAUAUUUGGUGGUUUGUUGGAUUUUAAAGGUUGUAGAGAUUAAAUUACACCUGAUAAAUAGUUACUUUAGAGUUAGAUGUUCUUUUGUAGUUAUGUGUGUAGACAUAGGCUGGUGCAAGAUGGCUCGGACAUAUGCCAUCUGGCAAAGGAAAAUUAUGCACAUGUAGAUGGUUUCAAAAUAAAUGUAGUUUGAGUAGAACUGCUUGAUGGUAAUAUUUAUUAAAAUUUAUUUCCUACUUGCUUGUUUGGCCUAGUCUGGGGUUUGAGGUGGCUGCUGGUGCUGUAAGUAAUGAAAGCUUACUCUGUUUAUACUCAGGAAUGAAAAUACUGAUUGGUUCUGUCCCUAGAGGGCCUUCUUGUACGGGGUACAUUUUUUUCUGAACUGCCUUUUUUAAUGUUUCUCUUGAAAUGCAUGCACCCCUAUCUUUUCUCUCACCAAUCAGUCUUUUCAUUCCAGUUAUCAACUCCUAACAAACUGAGUGUCCUAGUUUGGUUUUGCAGAACUCUGGCUUUCUCCUUGUGUGACUAACUCACCUGCACUCCUAGUCACCCUAAGAUAAGCUUAUUCAAUAGCUUUCCUGAAUGCACUCAGUGCUGCUCAUUCCUCUUUUUUUUCUUCUUUUUUUAACACUAUUAGUUGCAAUUUGAUAGAGAAAAAGAUGACUAAGCUUGUCUUGGAUGUGACUAAGAGGAAUGAAUUCAUUCAUAUAAGAUACUAUUAAACAUGCACAUAUAUAUUGUUGGGUAGUGUUUGGUUCUUUUUAUGUCAGCAUAGCAUCUUGGCAUAUGUUGAUCUGAAUGUGUUUAUUAAGUACGUAUGUGCCACAACCUCAGCUCUGAUCAAUUUUCUUGCUUUCUUUGAAUAAUUCUGCUCAUCUGUUUCAUCACUAUCAAAUUCAAUACAUAUAUCUCUCUUCUGUC